AAAGACAACACCACCUCAGCAACAGAUGGCGGGGGAUAAGUCGAUGUUUUGUAUAUUUUCAAGCUUGAUAUAAAAUACCAACAAACCUGAAAAACGUACACUUUGGACACUUGCCAACCUUAUUCCUCAACGAUGCUUCUGACCACUUAUUUGAAUUCAAGAUCAGUCUUUCCUCACUGAAAAAUCUGGAGUAAAUGUGAAGGUUUUAACCGUGGUAAUACACAGCAUCUGGAAUGGUCCUGGGAGUGGUUACCCAUGGUUCUAUCCUCAGCCUAUUGCUUUUAAGCGUUUUCUCGUUGUUUCACAUGAGUGAAAGUGAAACCAGAGGACUUCAUUUUCUGAAUAAUUGCAGCGGUCACAAGGUCCACGAUGUGUCCCCUGAACUGUCGUACAUGGUUAGCUGGGACGGGAAACAAAUGCCUUCAGAGUCGUGCAAGCUGAGUUUCUCGGGGCCGAUAGGGGACACAAUAUAUACUCGAUCUGUGUGUUACGACACCAUAUUCUUUUCAGUCAAAGACUGUCACGUGCAGCUAGAGUUUUCUGAGGAAGGUGGAACGAAAGCCAUGAACUAUUCCUGUACACAUAAACCAAAGGUUUGGUGUGCGGACAACAACCACAGAGCCACCAUCAAUCUACUGGGAGCCAAUUCAAAUCAGACGACGUCAUCGUCAUUCCGAAUUCUGGUGACAGCACAGAAGACUAACACAUUGUUGUACUUGAAGAUCGGGAUCAGCGUUGGACUGGUCUCUCUCUGUCUCGUUGGUAUACUGGUGGCUGUGUGCUGUUUCAAGAAAAAACAGAAAGUAGUAAAGGACUCUGAAUUAGAUUACACUCGGUUGGCAGAAUAGAGGGCAAAGAAAAAGAAAGAAAGAAAACAUUGCGUCGUUGUAUUUUUCUCAUUACACCUAUUGUCGUGUCAUCAUUUUUUAUGCCCCCGAGAUCGAAGAUCGAAGAGCAUAUUGUGUUUGUCCUGUCUGUCAUUCCGUCAUUCUGUCUGAAACUUUAACCUUACUAAUAACUUUUGAACAGCAAGUGCCAGUCGCGGAUUUAAGGGGGGGGGGGGGGCGCAGCCGGUCUGCGCCCCCUAAAAUUUUCAAAUUUAAGGUAAAUCGUAGUAUCUUGUUUGGAAAAAUGUACUAAACGAUAAAAGAAGCAAUAAUUUCUUCCACUCCCGGAGAAAUAAAUGACAAAAUCUUUUGAUUUCUUGAAUUACUUUAUUUGGGAGAAGUUAAUUUUUUCGAAAAACCCUUAAAAUUUGCGUCAUGUUAUUAAUUUCACCUUUUAAGAAAUGAUAGAAAGUAGUACAAAUGACUAAAUAGGAGACAUAUUUCAAGCCCUGUAAAAUCCAGGAGCUUCCGGGGGCUUCGUCCCCUGGACCCCCACCAGGGCUUUCUGCCUCAUAAAGUGGCACCCGCCGUAACUGCAAUUCCUGGAUCCGCCCCUGAGUGCUAGAGCUUUGACAUUUCACAUGAGUAUUCCUUGUGACAAGACCUUUCCAUGGGUACCAACAUUGUUUACCCUGUGACCUUGACUUUUGACCUACCUUUUAAAAACUUUAACCUAAUUGCUAAUAACCUUUGAACAGUGAGUGUUAAGGUUUGAUAUUUCACGUGAGUAUUCCUUGGGACAAGACCUUCCCUUGGGUACCUUGGCAUUUGACCUACUUUUUAAAAAAUUGACAUUGGUAAUAACUUCUAAAUGGUAAAUAUUAGAGCUUUCAUAUUGCACAUGAGCAUUUUUUGUGACAAGAUCUUUCUAUUGGUACCAAGGUAUUUGUCCUUCUGACCUUGGCCAUCUUUGCAAUUGGCCAUUAUCGGGGGAAUUUGUGUUUCACAAACGCAUCUUGUUUUCUGUUGUACACAUCUUGUCCUGAAAUUUACCCGUCGGUUGAAAAAAGAUUUGAAAGUGAAAAACAUUGAUAGAAUUAGAGAAUAAUCAUACAAUAACAUUGAUAGAGUUAGAGAAUAAUCAUACAAUAUUACAACAUUAAUAGAAUUAGAGAAUAUUUAAUACGAUUCCACUUUGCUAUCGGUCCUUUUCCUCUUUAGAAAAAAUACAUGUCUGUAUAAAAAUGUAAGUAUCAUUUUGAUAAUAAAGUUGGGAACAAAAAUUAUUUAUGUAUUUUCCAUUGAAAAUUACAGUUUGAUUUUAAACAAUUUUGUACUUUUACAGCAUAGUUAUCUCGAUAUAAAAUAAUUAGAAUUAACGAUUCUUAUUCUAGACGACAUUUCCAUAUUCGACUUCACAAUUCAUGAGUUUCGGAAAACAUUGCAUUUGUAUUAUUCAUACCUACAUGUAAAUUCAAUUACCGAUGUCCAUUAGUAAAAAUUAGUACUUGCUGUCUCGAGGACAUAAAAGCUUAGUAAAUCUAUGAUCACACAAGUAACGUCAUCGCAGAUAAGGGCUCUCCAAACGAAAAAAAAUAUCAAUAUUCAAUAAAUUACAUCACAUUUAUCAUAAAUGAUUUGAGAAUAUUAAAUAAAUGUCAACUCAUUUACAUGCUGAAGGUCAAACCACGUAAUAUUGAAUGUUUGAUUAAAAGGCAAUUAAAACUCGUUAGAUUAUAAACGAUGAACAAAAUAAGAAGAAGAAUGAAAAUAAUCACAAAGUAAAGAAAUUUUGACAUAUGAGGGAGUGUCUUGAAAUCAAUAGGUCAAGUUCACACGUGAAUGUGAAAUAUACAUGGCAGUUCCAAACACGAGUAAAUUAUGCACAUGAGAUUUAAAGGCUUUUUUAAAAUGGACAAUUGGUCUACAAUUUGCAGAACAAAUUGAAUGAACAGUUAUUGAAACUUAUGACCUUGGAUAAAGUUGAGAUGAUAUGAGCGUUUUCUAAUUUCAACUGUCAGCAUGCAUAAGUUUAAAUUUGGUCUCUUCUAAAAGUGAUAAACUAGCAUACAGCUGAAGAAAAUUUGUACCUAAAACCCCUUGCUGGUCAUUCAGAAUAUAGUUGUAUGAAAUAGGCGAAAGUCAAACAUACAAGAUGUUCCUACGGCAGUCCUAUGAACCCAAUACGAUGGCCACAAGACAAACAUCGACCGUCCUGGAUUUAUGCCUGGUUGUCGGACGACUGUCGUGCGCUAUUCCUACGACUGUACACAAAUGCACGGACGCCGUGCCAGUAUUUCAUUGUCGUAGGAUUAACUCACAACAGUAACAAAAAGGACAUCCGAUGAUGAAUCAGAAUCGUAGGGCGGUGUGAUUUUAAAACCAUGUCACGGCCUAAUCUUCCACCGUCGUGUGACAAUUUCUUGUGGUCCUAGGUUGUCGUCGAUUGUCACAGAUAAAUUCACUCUUGUGGUGUCGAGUGACAAUAGCGCGCCCUUCUACAAUUGAUCAAGCACAAUUUGACUCUCCAACAAGUCGUGCAAUUACCGACCGAAUAUUCCAGUCUAGUAAUUUUGGUAUAUCACAAUGCAUUUGUUUACUGCAAAUCUACAUACCUACCCAAAUAUCUUGUACAAAAUUCUAAUAUGCAUCAUUUAUAUUUUGGACUAAAUAUUUAGUCAUUUUAUGAAAUGCUUUUUGUGCAAAUAAAUUGAUGUUUUCUGGU